AUGAAAAUAGAAGAUAAUGAUGACGAUUUACCAUUUUCCCUGCUUCGAACAGGGGAAGUAUUUCUUUUAUAUUCAACUCUCUUCUCCCUUUGGGUUGGUAGUCAGUUUCGGCGGUGCAUGUGGGAGGGGAAAAAGACAGGAAAAAAAGAAAACAAGCAACGAGGAGCCAAAACUAAACAAAAUACAGCGGCAUGUCCCCAGCGGAGCGCGUGGCUAAAGGGGAAGAGUAACUUUGUGCUGUGUCACAUUUGUGUGAUCGGUUCUCUCAAGGAUUUUUUUUACAUUUUUUCGGUGUGGUUCAUUAACGUUUUGACCUCCACCCAUUUAUGUCCUCCCCUGUUCACCUGUUUUACUUUCAGUUUAUUUUUGUUAUCCCUUUCAUUGUUAUAUCACGCCCAUUUGCCUCGUUUGUGGUUAUUAUUGUUAUCAUUACCAUUACCAUCAUCAUUACCAUCACAAUUACCAUUAUUGUUACUAUUUUUUAAAAAACCUGUGCCACUCUCUCUAUCCUCUCUGUCCGCAUGUGGGAUCGAAUUUGACACUUUUUUUUUUUGA